AUGCUGGGCUCUCUGCGCGCGCUGCGGGCCACGCGGCCGUCGCUGCGGCAGCCGCAGAGUCUGCGCAGGCUGUCGCUCGCGCCGCUACGCCGUCGCGCGCCGCUGCCGGCGGUGCUGCCGCCGCGGCGUAGCCGCGAGUCGAUGCUGCUGACGCAGCCGCCGUCGUUCCGCUGGCUGGCGACUGUUGCGCCCGACGCCAAGGCCACGACGCCAGAGGACGGCAAGAAGCUGAAAGACGGCAAGAGCGCAACUAUGGGCAUCGCCGGUGACGACGACGACGAUGACGACGACGAGCCGUUCCUGACCAAGAUCGUGGAGCCCACGUACCCCACGCCCAAGCCGCGCACAGACAUCAACAAGGCCUACUUCCCGGGCAAGGUGUACCGCUCCACGUCGCGCGACGUGGUGUUCCGGGCCAUGGCGGGCAACACGGCCAUCACGACGCUCAAGGUGCUGGCGUGGCUCAAGACUGGCUCCAGCGCCAUGCUCUCGGAAGCGAUCCACUCGCUCGUGGACACCGGCAACCAGGCCGUCCUCAUCUUGGGCUUGAAGCAGGCCUCGGGCGUGCCGGACAAGAAGCACCAGUACGGAUACGGUCGCGCCGCGUACUUUUGGUCGCUCAUCUCGGCGCUGGGAAUCUUCUGGCUGGGCUCGGGCGUGACGAUUUUCCACGGCAUCCAGACCAUUUUGGACCCCCCGAAGGAGCUCUUCCUGUCGUGGGAGGUCUGGUGCGUGCUUGCGGCCUCCUUCGGCAUCGACGGCUGGGUGCUGAAGCGGUCAGUGCAGGACCUGCUGGCGUCCAAGCCCAAGAACAUGUCGUUUUACCAGCACGUGAAGCGGACGAAGGACCCGUUCAUGAUGGCGGUGCUGCUGGAGGACAUGUCGGCGUGCACGGGUGUCAUCAUGGCCGGGUGCGGUAUCGGAGCCAGCCACAUAACAGGCAACCCGCUAUGGGAUAGCCUCGCAAGUAUCUCUAUUGGUGUGCUUCUCGGCGGCGUUGCCGUGUCGCUCAUCCGUCUGAACCAGAAGUUUCUAUUGGGUCAGUCCGUGGAGCCCGAGAUCGAGAAGGGAAUUCGGGAGCUGUUGCUGGCGCGUCCGUCCAUCGACAACGUGUAUGCUGUCCAGUCCCAGUGGGUUGGUCCAUCGACAUUCAGCUACAAGGCUGAAGUCGAUUUUGACGGAACAUAUCUGGCUGCCAAACUGCUGCGAAUGUACAAGCCCGUGUUCCUGGAAACAAAGGAUUUGGAGAACGACCUUCCUCUCAUCCUAGCCUGGUACGCCGAGGAUGUGACCCGCCUGGUCGAGAAGGAGGUCCAGGAGGUGGAAGAGGUGAUCCGCAGCAUUUACCCUGAGGCCGCCUUCAUCGAGCUGGAGCCUGAUAGCAAGGAGUCGGAGAUGCGCGCCGUGUUAAGCAUGCAGACGAAGUCCUCCCGCACGAGUGAGCGGGAAGCCAUGACAACGCAAGACGACAGAUGCGGAUCGUCCUUCUACCGGUACUAG